UCUAACAAUCCGAGACGGGGCGUUUCGCGUGGCCUUUGAAGCGCUGGCUCUUGUCGGCGGCGGCGGCGGUCUGCUCGAUCUGUAUCCCGAUCUGGCCGUUGAUUUGGUCUUGUACUCAUUUCUCAGAUCCGUUGUUGCCAUUCUUUCGGUUAAUCCCUCUUCGCCAGUGAUUCCAUCCUUAUCGUAAGCCUUGCGUCUGAUCGGGUUUCCCAGAAUAUCCCAAGCCCGAUUGAUAUCCUGCGUCCGCUUCUGAGCGUCGCUCACCUGUCUCUCAGUAGCCUUGCCACCUAACUUAUCGGGAUGAUACUUGCUGAGGAGUUUCUUUCGGAUCCCGUCGAUGAGCUCGGUCGUAUCUUUCCUACUGACGCCAAGUGCUUUGUAUGGAUCGAAAUCAUUGUCGCCUACUUCCGAAUCUUCAUCCUCGUCUGAGUCGGUAUCGCUAUCGUCUAUGGCGUAUUUGCUCGCAGAGGGUUUGGUACUGAGACGUGCAGGUCUGCUUGCAGAAGGUCGGGUGCUGGGAUCUGCAGAUUUACUCGCAGAAGGUCGGGUGCUGGAAUAUGCAGAUUUACUCGCAGAAGGUCGAGUGCUGGGGGCUGUGGUGUUGUGAUAAUAUUCAAUAAGCUUCGCCUUUUGCACGGGUUUCUUAGUAUCGCUGCUGUAACUCUCCGACUCUGAGCCUUCAUCAUCUGAGUAUAUAUUUCCCUCAUCUUCGCCCUCGUCGUCGCUCCAACCUUGUUUUCGCUGUCGAUUGCUCGUCUCCGAGUCGUCUUCUUCGUCGUCUGAGUAGUAUUUUGUCCCCUCCCCUUCAUCAUCACUCCAGCUGGUCUUUGGCUUCGCUUUGAUCAUCUUUGCCUCAUAAGACGGGGCCGCCUUGAAUUCCUUCUUUUUAGGUUUAACUGCGAUAGUUCCAGGGGCUUCAAUGGCCUUCUGAGCGACGAACUCUUUUUUCACAACUUUGGCUGCGAUGGUCUUGGGUGCUUCGAUCACCUUUGGGGCCACAAACUCCUUCUUUUUGGGUAUAGCUACAAUGGUUUUCGGUGCUUCAAUCGCCUGUUGCGCAACGAACUCUUUCUUUGUAGCCUUAGCAACAAUUGUUUUGGGUGCCUCGAUUGCUUUUUGUGCGACGAACUCCUUCUUCUUGGGUUUUGCCUCAAUAGUCUUAGGUGCCUCAAUCGCCUUCUGUGCAACAAAUUCUUUCUUUUUAGGUUUCGCUUCAAUUGUCUUAGGUGCCUCGAUCGCUUUCUGUGCAACGAAUUCUUUCUUCUUAGGCUUAGCUGCGAUAGUUUUAGGUGCCUCGAUUGCCUUCUGCGCAACGAACUCCUUCUUUGCGGGCUUAGGCGCGAUAGUCUUUGGCACCUCAAUCGCCUUUUGCGCGACAAAGUUCUUCUUCGCAGGUUUCGCUUGGAUCUGCUUUGCCUCGAAUUUAGUUUCUGCUUUGAAGUCCUUCUUCUCGCUUAGAUCGUAGUCAGCGUGGUACUUCCUGGGAUCGCCAAUAUCAUCCGGGAAGGAUUUCUGCUCUGUGUCCUUGAAUAAAACGUAUUCAGGAUGUUUCAUGAACUUCGUGAAGCGAGCCUUGCAUUUGUUCCAUUGUGGCGAGAUCAUGAUAAGCUCCAGGAUUCUACGUAUGGAUUCAAGAAUCCUAAGGUAUGUGUCAUGGACUUGUGCAUCCCGGCCGGGGUCCGGGUGUCGGUUUACAUCAAAACCGAAGAAAGGUGGCGGGCCCCAGUACGCCUCCACGAUGUCUACAAGAAGAUUCACAGCUGCUUG